AUGAUUUCCGGAAACUUCAAGAUCCAAGAGUCAGAGCUCAUAGAAACCAUACACUCCACCGCUCAGCAGUUUGGAGCACAUGGAGUUUGGGGAGAUGAUCCGACAGAAACCGGGGUUUGUAGACUUGCUUUGACGGAUCUUGACAAGAAAAUAAAAGAUUGGUUCAUCACUGAGACCAAGUCACUUGGAUGCACUAUAAAAGUUGACAACGUCGGUAAUAUUUUUGCGACCUUUCCUGGAAAACACAAUGAUCAUCUUGCUACCGGUAUUGGGUCUCAUCUGGAUACGCAGCCGACCGGAGGAAGGUACGAUGGUAUUUACGGUGUUCUUUCGGGUUUGCAAGUUUUGAGAACAUUAAAGAGUAACAACUAUGUUCCAAAUUUCCCCAUCACUCUUGUCAACUGGUGCAAUGAAGAAGGUGCACGUUUUCCGAUGAGUAUGAUGGCCUCAUCUGUUUGGGCUGGUCUCACUAAGAAAGAAGCCGUUUACAAGCUACAAGAUGUCUUUGACAGCCGCAUCACUGUUAAGGAUGAACUAAAGCGAAUUGGAUAUCUUGGUGAAAUUGAAUGCAGUCAUAAUUCCAAUCCUUUGAAAUGUCACUUUGAAAUUCAUAUUGAACAGGGGCCUAUUCUCGAGGCUUUAAACAAAACAAUUGGUGUGGUCACAGGAGCUCAGGCAUUUUCGUGGAUUGAGGUGACUUUUGAAGGUACCGCGCAACAUACUGGAACCACUCCAUUGGAGUAUCGUCAAGACUCAUUGCUUGCAGCUUCACAGGUGAUCUGGAAGCUUAAUGAAAUGGCCAAAAGCCAUGGGGGACUUGCCACAGUCGGCAAAAUCUCAGUAGAGCCAGAUGUUGUCAAUGUUAUCCCCGAAAAAGUUUCCUUUGUGAUCGAUUUUAGACAUUGUGAAGACAGUGUGCACAAGGCGAUGGAAUUAGAAGUUUUUGAUAUAAUUGAGCAAGCUUCCAAAAAUACAGCAGGAAAUGGUGCACCGCUAAAAUACUCCACUAACCUGCUUAUCCACUCCCCUGCUUCGCAUUUUGAUACUAAAAUGCUUGGAAUCAUCAAGGAUUCUGCUUCGAGCAUUGUUGGGGAGAACUCAACUCACAAUAUUGUCAGUGGUGCAGGCCACGAUUCCUGCAAUACUAACCAAGUCAUUCCAACUGCCAUGAUAUUUGUACCUAGCAAGAAUGGCAUCAGUCAUAACCCCCGGGAAUAUACCAAGCCGGAAGAAAUAUUCCUAGGAUUCAAAGUUCUGCUCGAAUCGGUCCUGCGGUACGAUGCUGAUCGCUUGAGCGAACUUGAAUCCAGUUAA